AUGGACGGUGGAAUCACUAAGGAUGGCCUCUUUGCUGUCAACAACACUGUCGCUCCUAAGCCCAGUAGCAUUUUGUCCUUGUUUAGCUUGAAGGGCAGGACGGCUGUGAUUAGUGGAGGUCCUGCUGGCAUUGGUCUUGCAGUUGCAAAGACAUAUGCUGAGGCUGGUGCAAACGUCGCCAUCUGGUACAACAGCAAUGCUGUAGCCCAUGAUCGUGCGGCAGAGAUUGAGAAGGAGUAUGGUGUCAGCUGUGAGUCACAUGCAAAGUUGAGCAUGUGCAAUCGAGGUCUGACAAGAGUCAUGAACAGGNNCAAGGCAUACAAAGUCAACGUAACAGACGCCGAAGACGUGAAGAGAGGCCUUACACAAAGUGUACAAGACCUGAACGGACGCCUCGAUAUUUUCGUCGCCAAUGCCGGUAUCCCAUGGACCCAAGGCAAUAUGAUCGAUGGUGACUUGGACCACUACCGCAAAGUCGUCACGACAGAUAUCGAUGGUGUAUACUACUGCGCACGCGCUGCCGGCGAGAUCUGGAGGCGGCAAGCCAAAGAAGGCACCGACAUGAACGGCAACAAGCUCGAGAACUACUCAUACGGAUCCUUCAUCGCAACUGCUUCAAUGUCAGGACACAUCGUCAACUUCCCUCAACUACAAUCAGCAUACAACGCAGCGAAAGCCGCCGUUUUACAUUUGACCAAGUGUCUGGCUGUUGAAUGGAUCAAAAUCGCAAGAUGCAACUCGGUUUCUCCUGGAUACACUGCAACAGAACUUACAACGUUCGUGCCGGAAGAAACAAAAGCGAUCUGGAGGAGCAAGAUUCCCAUGGGUCGUGAGGGUGAGACUCAUGAGAUGCGCGGCGCAUAUCUGUACUUGGCCUCGGAUGCUGCUUCCUACACAACUGGCGCAGAUAUCAUUGUUGACGGCGGUUACUGCUUGCCCUAA